AUGGCUCCUAAGCAGGACACUCCGUUCCGCUCGGCGGAUAUGAGCAUGGUGCAGCUGUAUGUCUCCAACGAAAUCGGUCGGGAGGUAGUCACAGCACUUGGAGAGCUUGGAUUGUGCCAGUUUCGUGACUUAAACGAGGAUGUUAGUGCUUUCCAGCGAACCUACACCCAGGAAAUCCGACGUCUUGACAAUGUGGAACGCCAGCUGCGAUACUUUCACGCUCAAAUGGAAAAGGCAGGGAUUACUCUCCGGAAGCUGGAUCUGGACACUGAGAGGCUUGCGUCACCCUCGACAUCCGAGAUUGAUGAGCUCGCCGAGCGAAGCCAGAAACUCGAACAGCGGAUUUUUGCUCUCAACGAUAGCUACGAGACCCUCAAGAAGCGGGAGGGCGACCUCACCGAAUGGAGAUGGGUGCUUAGAGAGGCCGGCAGCUUCUUCGAUCGAGCUCAUGGCAACGUUGAGGAGAUUAGGGCUUCAACCGACAAUGACGAUGCCCCGCUCCUUUCAGACGUUGAGCAGCACCGAGAUGCCCCCGAAGUUGAACGGUCUUUCUCUGGGAUGAACAUUGGAUUCGUGGCCGGUGUCAUUGCUAGGGAGCGUGUGGCCGCCUUUGAACGGAUAUUGUGGCGAACAUUGCGUGGUAACUUGUACAUGAACCAGUCCGAGAUCCCCGAGCCGCUGGUGGAUCCUACCAACAAUGAGUCCAUCAACAAGAACGUCUUCGUCAUCUUUGCCCACGGCAAGGAGAUUCUCGCCAAGAUUCGCAAGAUCUCCGAAUCUAUGGGUGCCGAGGUGUACAAUGUUGACGAGAAUAGCGAUCUUCGACGGGACCAGAUCCACGAAGUCAACGGUCGCUUGCAGGAUGUGCAAAGUGUGCUUCGGAACACGCAGACCACCCUUGCUGCCGAGCUCAACCAAAUCUCCCAGUCUCUCUCAGCCUGGAUGGUCCUUAUCGCCAAGGAAAAGGCCGUGUACAGCACUCUCAAUCUGUUUUCAUACGAUCGCGCGAGGCGGACUCUGAUUGCGGAGGCGUGGUGCCCGACAAACGACAUGCCUUUGAUCAGGUCUACCCUUCAGGACGUUACCAACCGAGCCGGUCUUUCCGUGCCUUCCAUCGUCAACGAAAUCCGCACAAACAAGACGCCGCCAACCUACCUCAAGACGAACAAGUUCACGGAAGGUUUCCAGACCAUCGUCAACGCCUAUGGUACCGCCACCUACCAAGAAGUCAACCCCGCUAUGCCGGUGUUUGUCACCUUUCCCUUUCUCUUCGCCGUCAUGUUUGGUGACUUUGGCCACGCCGUCAUCAUGCUGUCUGCCGCCCUUGCCAUGAUUUACUGGGAAAAGCCGCUGAAGAAGGUAACUUUCGAGCUCUUCGCCAUGAUAUUCUACGGCCGGUACAUUGCACUGGUUAUGGCGGUCUUUUCGAUAUUCACUGGCCUCAUUUACAACGACGUCUUCUCAAAGUCCAUGACCCUGUUUCCGAGCGCCUGGGAGUUGGUAAGGAAGAAAAACUGGCAACCGGGAGACACAGUCGAGGCCGUGCUGAACCCGCACGGAUAUCGAUAUCCAUUUGGUCUGGACUGGGCAUGGCACGGCUCAGAGAAUGCUCUUUUAUUCAGCAACAGUUACAAGAUGAAGAUGAGCAUCAUCCUCGGAUGGGCUCACAUGACAUAUUCUCUCUGCUUCUCGUACAUCAACGCCCGGCAUUUCAAAAGGCCAAUUGAUAUCUGGGGCAACUUUGUUCCCGGGAUGAUCUUCUUUCAGUCCAUCUUCGGUUACCUGGUUGUCUGCAUCAUCUACAAGUGGACUGUUGAUUGGACAAACCCGGACCCUGCAAUUGGAGGACAGCCUCCCGGGCUGCUAAACAUGCUCAUUUACAUGUUCCUUCAACCGGGCAAGCUGGACGUGCAACUAUACAAGGGUCAAGCUACUGUGCAGACUUUUCUCCUCUUGCUGGCAUUUGCCCAAGUUCCAGUUCUCCUCUUCCUCAAGCCAUUUUACCUACGAUGGGAGCACAACCGAGCUAGAGCCAAGGGAUAUCGAGGUAUCGGCGAGACGUCCCGGGUUAGCGCUCUGGAUGGCGACGAUGAGAACGAGGGUCUGGUCAACGGCCACGGCAAUAGCUUUGACGGAAACGGCCAAGGUGUGGCCAUCAUCUCCCAGAACAUUGACCAAGAGCACGAGGAGUUUGAGUUUAGCGAGGUUAUGAUACAUCAAAUCAUUCAUACUAUCGAAUUUUGCUUGAAUUGCGUUUCCCACACUGCUUCCUACCUCCGUCUGUGGGCUCUGUCCCUGGCUCACCAGCAGCUCAGUAUUGUGCUGUGGGACAUGACUCUCGGCAACACCCUGACUGUGGGCGGCGCACUCGGGGUCGUGAUGAUUGUCGCGGGUUUCUACCUGUGGUUCUUCCUGACCAUCGCCAUUCUGGUUUGUAUGGAAGGCACCAGCGCCAUGUUGCACUCUCUCCGACUGGCAUGGGUCGAGUCCUUUUCCAAGUUUGCCGAGUUUGCCGGCUGGCCUUUUGCUCCGUUUUCCUUCAACACCCUUUUGGAAGAGUCGGAGGACUUGAAGGAGUUUCUGGGAUGA